AUGGUCAUGAAUGACCAUACCGUCGCAGAUAUCAACCUCCUGUCGAGUUUCCUAAGCGACAAUCAGCUACAAGAUCUCUCUACGAGCUCGCCAGUCGACUGCAUAGUAAUUUGCGCCUCAGCUGUUCUUUAUGGCGCUGAAUAUCUCUUCAAUGCUCUCCAAAACAAUCCAUCUCUGACCAGAGUACUCGUACUAUGCGGAGGUAUCGGACACUCCACCAAUCAUCUCUAUGAUGCCGUGAAAGCGCACCCGACGUUUUCGCGCAUCGCCGAUGAGGUGCACGGUCUUCCUGAAGCCAAAGUCCUUGAAAGAAUCCUAGAUGAGUUCUUUGACCGUUCCUUGAUCACAAAAGAAGGAUGUAAAAUUCUCCUUGAGUCACAAUCUACGAAUUGCGGACAAAAUGCUUUAUUGUGCCGCAAGGUCCUUGAUGAGGCAGGGUUUAUGGCCCCAGCCACGUGUAUAGUCGUUCAAGAUCCUACAAUGAUGCUCCGCACAAAGGCCUCAUUCGAAAAGGCUUAUCAAGAUGUGCCAUUUCCAGCGUCGAUUGUCAGUUGUCCGGUUCUUGUGCCGCAAAUGCAGUUGUCACGUAACGGGGAUCUGGAAUAUUUCGAUAACUGCAAAUUGACGAGGCGUGGGGAGUCAACUAUCCCGGCGCCACAGCUGUGGUCACAAACUCGGUUUCUGGAUUUGAUCAUGGGAGAAAUUCCUAGAUUGAGGGAUGAUAAAGACGGCUAUGGUCCCCGGGGACAGGGAUUCAUUCCUCAUGUAGACGUUCCAGGUCAUGUGGAAGCAGCCUGGUCUCGGUUACAAUUGAUUUCAAAGGGAUCCAGAUAA